UUGCAGAACGAUAGACUUAAGCAGUUGGCUGUAAAGUAUGAAGAGAAUGUUAACAGUCUGCAUGAGGCUCUUGAACAAGAGCAUGAACGCAAAACCGAAGAAAACAAUGCCUUGAAAGCGGAACUGGCCACGGCGCAGGAGACAUCACAGUCUUUGCGUCGGGAUAUCGAUAAAUUCCGCCAAGAGUACAAUUCAAAAGAAGCAACUAUACGCCAGUUGCGGGAGCAGUAUGAGACAGCCCUUGAGAAUAAUGCUCACAUGGCGCAAAUCGUUGCUGAACUGGAACAGGUUACGAGAGAGAAGCAAAGACCUACGAGAAAGACCAGUGAAGAUAGUGUCAUGACGCUGAAGACACGAGAUUCGCAAACGGAUAUGACGAGGACUGCUUUGGCGCAGAUCGAGUUUGACUCCGUCUCCCUCUCUUCUGAAGUAAAAGCUUUCCGCUCAGCUUACAUGGAGUUAGCGACAGCUAUCGGUGAACUAGUGGUCAAGGAUAUCAACAACUUACCAAGCCCUGGAGAUUUGAAUUCUAUCGAGAAAAGCUGCAAAGAGUUGUCCAGAUUUAUUCGGCAUGAAAAGCGUAGACGUGAUCAACAAGCUGUUGAAAUAGCUGAGGUUACUGAGAAAGUCAAAAAUCUUCAAACUAGAGAGUGA